AAAAUGAAGUCUCUGAUCCAUGUAUGCUGCGUUCUGGCUCUGCUGGCUUUGUCUGCUGCAGGGUCAUCCAUCCCUAACGAGGAGCCACUGGUAUCUCUUCGGCUACAGGAGCAUGAGAGGAACCUCUUCUCCUGUGGAUGUGGCACAACAGAGGAGCAUCCCAGCCAGAGUUCAUCCAACGACACCCCGGCCCCAGAGAGGCCCACGUGUCAACCCUGUUCCCCAACACUGGCUGCGUCUGAGGAAGAGUCAGCCUCGCUCUCACAGCAUGAAGAAGAAGAAACAGCUCAGACACCACAAACCAAGGCUUCCACUGUUGACGUAACAAGCAAUGUAGAAGGACAGGAAGAAGCUUCUCUCCAAAACAUGGCAGAGGAAAGUCAGGAGGAGAUGGCAUCUGAUGACCACGAGGCAUCCAUUGUCGAGGAAAGGAACGAGAAAGAAGCAGUUGGUAAGGUUGUAUAUUCUUUUGCAGGAGAGUUGAUGAAUGAGGAAUACAAAAGUGAAGACGUAGAGGAUGAAUUGCCAAAAGAGGCAGUUAUCCCCCACGAUUCUGAUUCAGAAGAGGAAGAACUGGUUCAGGAAACAAAGGAGGGGACACAAGAGAGACAAGUAAGCGAGGAGGAAAUUGUACUAAAAGAUAUUGUGGAGGAGGAAGCUGUUGAAGAAACUGAAUCAGAGCCAGAGGACAUUCUUGAAAUGAGUGCUGAACCUGCAAACCCAAAAGUGAUAUCUGAAACUGAAGCACAUUAUUACACUGAAACUGAGGAUAUGUCAGGACCUGAAACAGAUUAUGACAGUGAACUAGAAGUCAUGUCAAAACCUGAAGAACAUCAUGCUGACUCAGAAGUGAUAUCUAAACCGGAAACAGAAUAUGAUACCGAAACAGAGGAGCUAUCAGAACCUGAAGCACAAUAUGAAGCUGAACCAGAUGAUGAAGCUGAACCAGAAGUGACAUCAGAACCUGAAGCCAAAGAUGAAGCUGAACCAGAAGUGAUAACAGAACUGGAAGGCAAAGAUGAAGCUGAAGCAGAUGUGAUAUUAGAACCUGAAGCAGUACAUGAAGCUGAACCAGAAGUGACAUCAGAAUCUGAAGCAGAAGAUGAAGCUGAACCAGAAGUGACAUCAGAACCUGACGCCAAAGAUGAAGCUGAACCAGAAAUGAUAACAGAACUGGAAGCCGAAGAUGAAGCUGAAGCAGAUGUGAUAUUAGAACCUGAUUCAGAAUUUGAAGCUGAACCACAAGUGGUAUUAACAUCUGAAGCAGAAUAUGAAGCUGAACCAGAAGUGUUAACAGAACCUAAAGAAGAAAUAUCAGAAGUUACAAAUAACAGCAUUGGACUAGAUUCACCAGAACUUGCACUUGUUUCUGUGCCUUCAAAGCCUGAAGCUGAGCCUGAAGUAAUUCCUAAAGUAGAGGUUAUUGAAGAAGUCACACCAGAGUCUGUUGAGGAAGCAACAGUGGAAGAUCUUGGAGAGGAAACAUCUGAAGAGGCUCCUGAGGUGGAGGAAGCUCCUCUUGUGGUCAAGGAGUCUGCACAGGCCAAAGUGGGAAAAAAUGAGGGUCCAGCACUGAGGGACCGUUCCCAUAUUGAAGACACAUUAAGACUGGCAGCUGCUAAACCCUCAUCCCAAUUGACAGCUGCAAUGAAGAAGCUACUGAACAUCUACCACACAGCCAUCAAGCCAGUGGAGCAAGCCUUCAAGUACAAUGAACUCAGGCAGCAUGAAGUCACAGAUGGAGAGAUCACUUCUAGGCCGAUGGCUUUGUUUCUUGGACCCUGGAGUGUGGGCAAAUCCUCCAUGAUCAACUACCUGCUGGGUCUCCAAGACACUUCACAUGAACUCUACACAGGUGCUGAGCCCACGACCUCCGAGUAUACCGUAAUAAUGCACGGUGAAAAGUUUCGCACCAUAGAGGGCAUUGUUAUGGCAGCCGACAGCUCGCGUUCUUUUUCACCCUUGGAGAAGUUUGGUCAGGGCUUCCUGGAAAGGCUGGUGGGCUUUGAGAUGCCACACAAGCUGCUGGAGAGGGUCACAAUUGUUGAUACACCCGGCAUCAUUGAGAACCGCAAGCAACAGGAGAGAGGGUACCCUUACAACGAGGUGUGCCAGUGGUUCAUUGACCGAGCUGAUCUCAUCUUCCUGGUUUUUGACCCCACCAAACUCGAUGUGGGAGGGGAACUGGAAAUGCUCUUCAGGCAAAUGAAGGGCCGUGAGUCCCAAAUCCGCAUCAUCCUCAACAAAGCCGACAGUCUCACCACCCAGGAUUUGAUGAGGGUCUACGGAGCCCUGUUCUGGAGCAUGGCGCCCCUCAUCAAUGCCACAGAACCUCCUCGGGUAUAUGUAAGCUCUUUCUGGACUCCGGAAUAUGCAGUAGAUACUAGCCGGGAGCUCUUUAUGAAGGAGGAGACCUCUCUGCUGGAGGACUUGAACCAGGUGAUCGAGAACCAGAUUGAAAAUAAGAUUGCCUUCAUCCGGCAGCAUGGCAUCAGAGUACGCAUUCAUGCCCUCCUCGUUGACCGUUACCUCCAAACCUACCACGAAAAGCUGGGCUGGUUUAAUGAUCCCUUUGAGGUGUUUCAUGAUAUUGUCACUGACCCAGACAAGUACUACAUCUUCAAGUCCAUUUUGGCCAAGACCAACGUCAGCAAGUUUGACCUGCCCAGCAAGGAGGCCUAUCAGGAUUUCUUUGGAGUUAAUCCUGUGUCCAACUUCCAGCAGCUUUCCUACCACUGCAGCUGGAUGAGUGGUUGCAUGCUAGACCGUUUAGAGAAGGCCAUCUCGUACGAGCUCCCGACUCUGCUCAUGAGCAUCAGCAAGGGGACGCCAGCUCCAGCAAAACCUGCUCCGACACCUGCAACCCCACUUUCCGGCACCUGCAAGGGGCCUGAGUGUGAGGAGAAAGCCAAAAAUCGUUGGAGGAGGCAAUGAGAUGGAUGGGAAUGGUAGGUGAUCGCAGAGGCAGAUGCCGGCAGCCUUUAGGCUGUUCCGCAAGAAUCCUCACUGCUGUGAUUCUUAAAACUGCAGAAUGAUAAAGACCAUUUGCAAGGCUCUACCAUGCACACCUAGGUCAUGUGACGCCAAAAAAUACAUCUGCUUAGACCUUAUUCAUUAAAACAAGUGAAAGGGGUUUUCCCAAUUGUAGCACAUUUUAUAGUCUUAGAAUAAUGUUAAAUCAUACUGAUAAAAUACAACUUAUAGCUGACUAUUAUUGGUGAAAACCUCAACUUCUUUGUCUUCAGAUAAAACAAACAAAAUAUUAAUUUAUAAACAUUCACUUCUUAAAAAUGAAGGGAAAAAAACAAAAGGAGUUUGUUGUUUUCAUUUUCUUUUUGCACAUUAUUUAUUCACAUCCUCAAAGAAAGCCACCACAUGCAAAAAGCUAAUAACUGGCACUGUUGUCAUUUCUGCGCUGUUUUGAAAGACUGAAGACUGAAUCAAAUCUGCUGUUGUGCUGUUUUAAACCACCGAGGCACCAUUGUCGUGUAAUUAAAACCAUUGAGGGACUCAUAGUGCACAUGUCAAGCUUUGUGCUAACAAGACAAUUGCUCACAUUCUCCUUGAACUAAUAAAAUACCAUCCAUCCAUCCAUUUUCUGAGCCGCUUCUCCUCACUAGGGUCGCGGGCGUGCUGGAGCCUAUCCCAGCUGUCAUCGGGCAGGAGGCGGGGUACACCCUGAACUGGUUGCCAGUCAAUCGCAGGGCACAUAGAAACAAACAACCAUCCGUCCUCACAUUCACACCUACGGGCAAUUUAGAGUCUCCAAUUAAUGCAUGUUUUUGGGAUGUGGGAAGAAACCGGAGUGCCCGCAGAAAAUCCCAUGCAAGCACGGGGAGAACAUGCAAACUCCACACAGGCGGGGCCAGGGAUUGAACCCAGGUCCUCAGAACUGUGAGGCUGAUGCUCUAACCAGUCGUCCACCGUGCCGCCCUAAUAAAAUACAUUGAAUACAAUUUUUGCACCAGCUGGGAAUAUUGUUCAUAUUCAUUAAGGCAUUUUCUUCACUUGUGAAAUGCAUCCAUCCAUUUUCUAUACCGCUUGUCUGCAUUAAGUUUCCUCAUUUUAGGUCUGUGAUCAUUUUUCUUCUUAUUAUUACUUUUCUUUUCUUUUCAGUAAAUAUGAUCAAGUCUUUUCUUCUCGUUCCUCUCUGAUCUUACAAAGACACCAAUGAAAUAACCAUUGUUGAAAAGCUAUUUUCAGGAGUAUAUACACAAUGUCAUAUAGUGCAUGAUUGUUCUGUAUGAAUGAGGUGCCAUAUUUUACCAAACAAACUUUUUCAAGCAUUUGGAAUGUAAUAUUGGCUAUAUGGUGUCUCAGUAAACAUGUGAAAUCUGAAUUAAAACUGUCCACGCAUUCCUGAGUUACAGAUGUUUUUUCUGCCGAGAGGCCUGAAAUCAGGUCAUUUGAAUUUCUCGAGCUUACUGUAUCUAUGUCACUCGUGAAGAUCUCCAACUACCUCUUCCGCCCCUGAACCAGCGUUGUCAACAUAACAAACACGUGUGCUCUCACAAUUAGAGGAAAGGGGGCGCUCUUAGCCAAUAUGGGCAAAGUGGAACAAAACUGGCUCAAAGAGAAGUAGUUGUCAGAGGCGCCUUUUCUGAACACUUGUAUCACAAACCCAAGGUGUUUUUUUAAAAAAAAAAUAAACUUACACUUUUAUACUAAAUCCAAGUUCGAUAGUCACUCUGUGGACAACUAAAUAGUCAAAAUAUGGGACCUUUAAGUACUACCCCAAUGCCAAUGAAGUUGGGACAUUGUGUUAAACAUAAAUAAAAACAGAAUACAAUGAUUUGCAAAUCAUGUUCAACCUCAAAGGAUAUCACCACAUGGGCUCAGGACCACU